AGAGGAAGGUGAAUGGUUAAAUAAAGGAUGGCAGCAAUGUUGUCCCAUCCCAUAAAUGAGUGAAUGAAUUCAUAUGUCCUCCCAGUUAAGUUUCUGAACAGUUCCACUUCCACAGUGUAAAGCCAAAGAGAGAAACACAGCUUUUGUUGUUGAAUUAAUGGCAGCAACAUCAAGUGAAGGAGAAGGGAAACCUAUAAGAUGCAAAGCGGCGGUUGCAAGAAGACCUGGUGAGUCACUGGUGAUUGAAGAGAUCAUGGUGGCACCACCAAUGCCACGUGAAGUUCGGAUCCGUAUCAUAUGUUCCUCUAUCUGCCACAUCGAUCUCACUUUUUCCGACAUGCAGGACCCUCCUGGCUUUUUUCCAAGAAUUCUGGGCCACGAGGCAAUUGGGGUUGUGGAAAGUGUUGGGAAGAAUGUAACUGAAGUUACAAAAGGAGAUGUGGUUAUUCCAAUUUUUCUACCAGAUUGUGGAGAGUGUAUAGAUUGCAAAUCAACCAAGAGCAACCUUUGUACUAAUUUCCCGUUCAAAGUUUCUCCUUGGAUGCCUAGACAUGAGAACACCAGAUUCACAGACCUAAACGGAGAGAUCAUACAUCAUUUCAUGUAUGUUUCAAGUUUCAGCGAGUACACUGUGGUUGACAUUGCCAAUGUAACAAAGAUUGACCCAGAAAUUCCUCCCAACGGGGCGUGCCUUCUAAGUUGUGGUAUCGGAGCAGGGGUAGGUGCUGCUUGGAGAACAGCAGGUGUGGAGCCAGGGUCUACAGUAGCUAUUUUUGGACUAGGAUCUAUUGGAUUAGCAGUUGCUGAGGGAGCCAGACUUUGUGGAGCAACCAAGAUUAUAGGCGUAGAUGUCAACCCAGAAAAAUUUGAAGUUGGAAAGAAGUUUGGACUCACAGACUUUGUCCAUGCUGGAGAAUGUGGGAGCAAACCUGUGAGUCAGGUCAUCACAGAGAUGACUGAUGGGGGAGCAGAUUAUUGCUUUGAGUGUGUCGGUAUGGCAUCAUUGGUGCAAGACGCGUAUGCUUCUUGCAGAAAGGGUUGGGGAAAAACAAUUGUCUUAGGACUGGACAAACCAGGAUCCAGAAUAAGCCUCAGCUGUAGUGAGGUCCUUCAUGGUGGGAAGACAAUUCAGGGAAAUUUAUUUGGAGGACUCAAACCUAAGUCUCAUGUAUCCAUUCUACUCAAAAGAUACAUGGACAAGGAACUGCAGUUGGAUGAGUUUGUCACUCAUGAGGUGAGUUUUAAGGACAUCAACAAAGCUUUUGAUUUAUUGAGAAACGGACAAUGUCUUCGAUGCAUGAUUUGGAUGGAUAAUUGAGUAAAUUUUUAUGUAUCCUAGUCCUCGAAUCAUUGUAUGCAACACUCUAAAUAUUGAACUGUGAUGUUUCCUUUUGUAUUUUAUUAAAAACAUCCAAUAAUAUAAAGAUAUUAUUUUAUUGCACUGCAAAUGCACUUGAAGCACCGGUAAAGUAA